CCUCUUGUGACCAACUUUUUCCGUGUGAGCUCGACCCCCUCUUGGGCGCUUUACCAGUACAACGUGAGCUUUGCGCCGGAGAUUGACUACCGUGGCGUGCGAUUCUCCAUGGUGAAGGAACACAUCGAGCUGAUCGGAGAAACCUACGCCUUCGACGGGAUGAUCCUGUUCCUGCCCAAACGUCUGCAGGAGAAGGAGACCGUUCUGUUCUCCAAGCGGCGUAACGACGGGGCGGACAUUAAGAUCACGAUCACGCUGACAAACGAGCUGCCGCCGACCUCGCCGACCUGCAUCCAGCUGUACAACAUCCUGUUCCGCAAGGCCCUGCACGAGAUCGGGAUGCAGCAGAUCGGCCGCAACAACUACAACCCCGACAUGGCAGCUUACGUGCCGCAGCACAAACUGGAGGUGUGGCCUGGUUUCGUGACCUCCAUCCUUCAGUACGAGGCUAACGUGAUGUUGAUGGCUGACGUCUCCCACAAGAUCCUCCGUACCGACACCGUCCUGGACUUUCUGUACGACCUGUACAACAAGACGCAGCACAGCUUCCACGAGAACGCCACCAAGAAACUCGUGGGAGAGAUCGUGCUCACAAGGUACAACAACAAGACGUACCGCAUAGACGACAUAGACUGGGAGCAGAACCCGCAGAACAAGUUUAAGAUGUUUGACGGAACAGAGAUGUCGUAUGUGGAGUACUACGCCAAGCAGUACAACAAGACUGUCCGAGACAUGGACCAACCACUGCUGGUCAGCCGGCCAAAGAAGAAGGUGCAGAAGGGAGGCAAGCCUAUGGAGGGUCCGCUCUACCUCCUGCCUGAACUCUGUACCCUGACAGGCCUGACGGAUGAGGUCCGUGCAGACUUCCACGUGAUGAAGGACAUCGCCAUCCACACCCGCAUCACUCCCGACAAGCGCAACGAGACUCUGCAAACCUUCAUCAACACUCUCAACAGGAAUGAGAAGGUACAGAAGGACAUGAAGGGCUGGGGACUGUCGUAUGACAAGACUCUACUGAAGCUGGAGGGGCGUGUCAUGCCGCCGGAGAAGAUCUGGCAACGCAGUGGAUCUUACAACUACAAGCCGCAGGAUGCGGACUGGGGUAAGGAGAUGCGAGGCCAGCAGCUGAUCUCCUGUGUCCCCAUGCAGAACUGGCUCUUCAUCUUUCCUCAGAGGAACUCUCCCCAGGCACAGGACUUCCUACAGGCUCUGGUCAGGGUCGGGCCUCCCAUGGGGAUGAACAUCAACAAACCCAUCAUGUGUGAGAUCCCGGAUGAUCGUACGGACAACUACCUCCGCACCAUGAGGGAACAGAUGAACGACAAAACACAGAUGGUGGUGUGCCUGCUGUCCUCCCAGCGUAAGGACAGGUACGACGCCAUUAAGAAGUUCUGCUGCGUGGACCACCCCGUGCCGAGCCAGGUGAUCGUGAGCCGCACGCUCAACAAGAAGCAGAUGCUGAUGUCUGUGGCCACCAAGAUCGCCCUGCAGCUGAACUGCAAACUGGGAGGGGAACUGUGGGCAGUGGAGAUUCCGCUGAAGAGCAUGAUGGUUGUUGGCAUCGACUGUUACCACGACUCGGCCACCAAGGGCCAGUCUAUCGGCGGGGUCAUCGCAUCCAUGAACAACUCCCUCACCCGCUGGUACUCUCGCUGUACCUUCCAGCACUCCGGACAGGAACUCAUCGAUGGACUGAAGGUCUGCCUGCAGGCCGCGCUGAAGAAGUUCUACGAGUUGAACUCUAACCUGCCGGACCGCGUGAUCUUCUACCGUGACGGGGUUGGUGAUGGACAGCUGGGCGCAGUCGUGGAACACGAGAUUCCGCAGGUCCUCGACACCUUCAAGAACCUCGGCGCUGACUACAAGCCCAAGGUUGCAUGGAUCGUGGUGAAGAAGAGAAUCAACACCCGAUUCUUCGCGCAGGCUGGCCGCGGACUCCAGAAUCCAGCCCCUGGGACCGUGGUGGAUACCGAGGUCACACGCCCUGAGUGGUAUGACUUCUUCCUGGUGUCUCAGUCUGUGCGCCAGGGAACGGUCACUCCCUGCCACUACAACGUGGUGUGGGACACCUCCGGCCUCAAGCCUGACCACAUGCAGAGGCUCACCUACAAGCUCUGCCACCUCUACUACAACUGGCCCGGCACCAUCCGAGUGCCUGCCCCGUGCCAGUACGCGCACAAGCUUGCCUUCCUGGUGGGACAGAGCAUCCACAAGGACCCCUCACUCAACCUGGCCGACCGCCUCUACUUCCUGUAGGUCACAGGUCACGACCCAGGUCAGGGGUCAACCUGGCAUCUACUUCCUGUAGGUCAAAGGUCACAACCUGGGUCAUGGGUCAUGGGUCAGAGUUGAGAGCCAGACAACCAGGUGGCAGGAAGAGCCACGCAGGCAGCUGAUGUUCCUGUUCGCGUUGUUUUGUAGAGAGUUCUGUAGUGUUAGGAUGGUCCGUUGACCAUUAGUAAUCAUGUAUACCUGCCAAAGAAACGUUGUUGGUGCUUAACUAGAGAAGGCACGUUUGUGCCGUUUAGAGAAGGCGACGCAGAAAAGUUACUAACCAAGGGAGACUUGUUGAUAACAGUUUAAGCAGUGGAUAGUGCACAGAUCGAACAAAACAUACAGAGGUUCAGAGGUAUGUCUUUGAAACUUGAUUUGAAAUUCCCAGUGCCUUUUAAGUCCUAUGGAGACAAGUGUUCCUUUUUUUUUCUUCUUAAGUUCACUCUGAUUUGUUUAAGUUCAAAUUGCUACCAGCUCCUUUCUGUGCAUGUGAGGAAAGGAAAAACUUCAAAACCUCAACAUGAAAAAGCAGCAGGUAAAAUUUCUAUGCAGACAUGCUUUCAAUAACUGUUAGUCUCUCCAAUAAGUUGCAUAAAUCCCUUUUUGUUUGCAAGAAGAAAAUUGGCAGGAACCAAGUACUUUUUUUCACUUCUAGAGAUAUGAUAGCAUAUUUCUUGGUUUACCUUCUCCCUGCUGCCUCACCCCAUAACCAAUACAAGUUUGGUGCCAAACAGCUACCCUAGAAGGCUGAAAGUUAAAGCUGUAGCAUUCCAAGAUUUCUUUCUUAUUUCUUUUUGCCACAAGGCUACAAAAUGAAGGUUGGUGAGCAUCUUUAAUUUGUUUUAAGCAGAGUUGAACAAGGAAGUGCCUAAAAAAGAAAAAAAAUUAACGAAAGUACAAACUAGUAUUCCAUUGAUUGUCCAACAUUUUUGUUGACUUUUUGUCUCCGUAAGCCAGUUAACACAUAUUCAUUUUUUGUUCUUUCUUUAAACAGAAAAAAAUUACAAAACUACAAACUGCAGAGUAUUCCACACCAUGAUAAAGAGGAUGUCUAACAUUUUUGUUGACUUUUUGUCUCCCUAAACCAGUUCACCCAUAAUCGUUUUUCUUUUGUUAGACAGAUGAUUGGACAACGUUGAUGUCUAUUUGACGAGGCUCACAAGUAUUCUUGAUUUCGCCAAACCCUUACAUUCCAAAGGCAGUUUGUACUUAAGAGCAAAUACACUAUUGAACACUUUUGGGACCAAGCAGUUUGCUGGUUAUGCAAGUAGUGGAUUUUCAUAUCUUGAGGGAGUAACUUCUUCAUUCUUUAGAAGCCUGUUUUCAGAAUGCCAAAAAACAGUUACCAAGCAGCAGCUACUACUGUUUUCAGAAUGUUGACUGAGUAGUUAUUGGAGCUAAAAAGACCGCAAUCCUUUGUUGAUGUGUGCGGAAGAAAAGACACAAGAUAGCAGGGAGAGAAUCUGGCAGAUUUCCUUCACAUUUUCUUUUGUUUCUAUGAUCAGACAGCCACAACAUGGAAGCAAAGGCUGGCAUAUUUUCUGUAUUUGUUCUGUACCUUAGACUAGUUUUCUCUUUUUGUUUGUUUGUUUGAAGAAGGAAAGAUAUAUCUAAAGGGACCAAAGUGAAGAGAUCAUAAAACAACAUAUAUUUUGUAUUACUACU